AUGGGUCACCUUAGGAAAAAUAGACUUUCAAAAGAAAGGAAGGUCUCGCUCUCUCUUUGUCUCUGUAUCUCUGUCUCUUCGUAUCUCUCUCUCUCUCUGUCUCUAUGUCUCUCUUUGUGUCUCUGUCUGUCUCUUUCCUGUCCUGUCGUCAAAUAUCUUCUCAUAAUCUCUCGUCAAUGUCAUGUCACGACGUCCGAGAAGGAAUGGUUCCUCUCAAUCGAAUCAUUAACCCGUAAUUAUUCCUCUCCAGCUUACGAUCCACCUGUCGUUCUAUUCUUUUCAUCAGAGAAGAACGUCAGCAUCCUGGCUGACCCGUGCUUGAAUCGUCGAAUUGUGACAGUCCAUGUCAGCGGCGAUCUUGGCGUACCUUUGGCUUCCAUCAUUGUCGGCUGUCUCCUUGACGGCGUCGACGCACUCGUCGCUCCCAACGGCCGAAGAUCUAACGCUGUGGGCCUUUCGUUUGGCAGUAAACUCGUCCUUGUUCUCACACGCCUUCCACUUCCUCCAAAUGUCUAUGAACUUGGUGCCCUUGAAACCAAAUCAGGCCAUCAUUUCCGCAGGAUUUUUCCCGACGGGAAAAGUAGCUACUACCGCUGCUCUGCGCUCAUAUUCCAUCGUGGAAAAGGCACUGUCCGCGUCGAUCCUCUCUCUCUGCAAGUACAGACAUCCAGGGAUCGACUGGACCUAGAACAUCGCUGGUUCCAUUCGGCCUACCUCCAAGCUGUCGCCUUGAGACCUGACAACACUCCUCCAAGACUACACGACCGAACUACUACAAACGAUUAUCUAUUAGUGAUUAUCGAUGCUCAUUUGAUAAGACUAGUGUUCAUUUGCACCUGCACGAUUGUGAUUGCAAGAACUAGAGUAGCAGUUUACACACUGUUUCUUCUUUUGUUGUCACUAGAUAUCACUCUCUCAAUUAUUACAGUUGUCUGUCUCCUUGUCUUUUCUUCUCCAAACCCUGCUUGGAAAGCAAACGUUCUAAUUUGUCUUUUCUAUCUAUCUAUCUAUCUAUCUAUCUACGUAUGUCUGAGCAUGUCUGUGAUUAGCGAGUUAAAUGAGUUAAGCAACUCGCUAGUGCAAUGA